UAGCACGAGAUAUCCGCAUUUUUACCCUAUUAGAAAAAAUGUCUCGACAACAGACACAAAUAUUGGACACUGUUCAUCGGGUAUUUGGUGUCGUGUCAAAGUUGGAAAGUCAAGAUGGUGGUGGACCAACUGAAUUGCCUGAUGAUAUUCAUUUACCAGUUACAAGCAUUGAAGAACUGGAGUUGGUUGAGACAGGUUUACAAGAACCUGGUUGUUUCAAUGGCUUGGUCACAUACCUGACACUGCAAGGAGGUAUCACAAGAAGCGAUAUGUCAAAAAGAGUCAUGAAACACUGCAUGUCAAAUCAGUUGGCACUUCAGUUCAACUGGUUUGGCAAGAAAGGGAAGAGAGCGUUUGGGAAACUGAAGCUGGCCAAGGCAGUGCAAAAAGCAGUCAUGAAAUGUAAAAAAUGUACAGCAGCUGAAGUCGAAUUAGAUUGUAGAGAAUGGUUUCGAAGUGCAUGUGACAGAGACGGGGGCCGUAAAAGAAGACAAAAAACCAAUGAAGGUGUCCAAGAAACACCCACUGAAUAGAACUUUUAAAUAUAUUUAUAGCGAUAUUGAAAGAAAAAAGAUGGCUCUUUUAAUUUGGAAGUAAUGUAAAGGACUUGUAUCAUUCUAGCCUAAUAGUUCAAGAACAUAUAGCCUAAGAAGAAUAAAUCAUACAUAAAUAGUGAUAUAGUUAAACUAAACAUUAUUCAGAUAUAUUUAAGAAACAAUAUCAGUUUCUGUGUUGUUCAUCGGCUAUUUAAAAUCAGUUUAAGCUUGUGUGUCAGGCAGGAUUAUAUAUAUUGUGUUUACAUCGUUGCUGGAUUAAUGAUUCUUCAGCUAUUGACCAGUUUAAACUGACGCCAUUCUGGCACUUGUAUGAACAAGCUGCAUACUUGGGAUGACGUUUUUAUGGUGCUUACGAGUUCGCGUCAAUUUGUCUUAUAAAACUUAUAUCAAUCUGUUGGGUCGGUGAAUGUGAGAUGUUACUUUAGCAUCAUAUGAAAAGAAGAAAAAAAGUGAACUGAAAACAUCAGAAAAAGUGCGUUAUUAUUUUUGCCGUAAAAAGAAUUUGAAAACUAUUUUAUUGAGGGAGAACAAAAAACAGCGGCAUAUUUGUGUAGUCCAUAAUCAGUGCUUAUUGGAAGUUUACGCCGUUAAAAUCCUUCUUUGUUAUAGAAACAAAAUCUCAAGGAGUGUUAGAUUUACACAAGAUGUACAUAUUGUUAUUGUUUUUACUCAUUCAGUAUUUCAAUCGCACAUAUCAAAUAUUGAGAUUAUGGUCAUAGCUUCAUGAUAAUCAAAUAAUUUUUACAAUUAUAAUACUAAAUCCUGCGAUUUGUGAAUCUAUAAUUCAAUUAUUGUUUUUUAUUCGUUAUUAUAGGUUGUUUUUUUGUUUUAUGCUUUGUAAAAAUAUUAUAAAUCCAUUUUAUUACCAUGCCUUGCCAAAUGUAUAGUCAAGUCUAGUCUUUAUUUUUUGCAUUGUUCUUUACAUUGUUUUAUUCUUACAUUUAUUUUCUUUAAUAAUUCUGCAUAAUUGCUGAUAUUUUUCAUUUAUUUUUUUCUAUUAUUGCAUAAUAGCUGAAGUAUAGAGAAAAAAAAACACCCAUACAAAUGCAAUGUUGUAGAUUCAUUCUCAGUUUUUAAAUGGAAUUUAAAUCGUAGCUUUUGAACAUAUUAAGUUUUAUUAUUGGCAUUUUUAAUUUGUUUGUUUAUAAUGUUUUACCAAGGAAGCAGAACUAAAUUGAAUUAUUACUAGUCUUUUAUAUCUUUUUUUAGUCAGGUAUGUUUUUAUUUAAAGUGAAGAUGUAUAUUUGUUUAGAAAUGGAAGCAUGAGAAAAGAAUUAACAGUGAUGUUUGUACAAUAUAUAUAUAUUAUUUAUCAACAGAAAUAACAAUUGAAGAUGGCCAUAAGGAGUUGUUUACCAAUUAAUGCAAUCUAAUGUAAAAGUCAAAAAAUAUUAUUUACUGAAUAUUAGUUAUAGUAUGAUAAAAUGAUAUAAUGUCAUCAGUGGGGAACUUUCUCAAGAGUGAAUCUAUUAUAUUCUUUAAAAUUUUGAUUUCUUAAAUUUUAUGUCUUCAUUAUAAAGAUUCAGUAACCAUGACAAUUUAUUUUCUUAUUUACUUUCAAUAAUUAUAUAUUAACAAAAUUAAUAUGAGUGUUAUUCUAUUACCAGUAUAUUGUCUGUGAUUUUUAAAGGAAAUUUUUGAUUUCAUUUAUGAAAUGGACUUAAAUGUCUAUUUAAUAGAUUAAUGAUAUAAUUAGACUUCCUUAAACACUAAAAAAACUAUUACAACAUUAAAUAACAUAGAUUGAAGACUAAUAUUUUUUUUUUUUGGGGGGGGGGGGGGGGUGUUGUGCACUUUUUCUCACAUACUUCUCAAAUAUUUAUAACAAAACGAUGAAAAAUGGAUUGUUUGCUGUUAUGUUAUUGGGUUUUAUUUGCAGUCUGCGAUAAACAAUUUAAUUUUGAUAAAGCAACAAAUACUUGUUUACAGUACCAUUGUCCUUUAAAAAUACAAAUAUAUUUUUAGCUUGACUACAAAGUAUAUGGAGAGCUGUCCUACUCGCCCCGGCGUCCGCGUCCAGAUUUCAGAUUAAACUUAAAUUUUUGGUGCAGUAAAAUAUUUUUCACUAUAACUUUGUCAUUUCUAAAGGCAUCAAUUUUAAACUUAAAAUAUAUGUUCCUUAUCAUCAACCACAUCUUAUGUGACAAGGUUCAUAACUCUAGCACCAAUAUUUUCAGAUUUAUGUCCCCUUGAACUUAGAAUUUUCCUUAAAAAAUACAAUUUUUUAUUGUUACUUCUUUAUUUCUGAAGGGAUAAACCUCAUACUUCAAAUAUAUGUACCUUAUCAUCAUCCCCAUCUUAUGUGACAAGGUUCAUAACUUUAGCACCAAUAUUUUCAGAUUUAUCUCCCCUUGAACUUAGAAUUUUCUUUAAAAAAUAUUAUUUUUUACUGUAACUUGUUUAUUUCUAAAGGGAUCAACUUCAUACUUCAAAUAAAUGUACCUUAUCAUCAUCCACAUCUUAUGUGACAAGGUUCAUAACUCUAGCACCAAUGUUGCAAGAAUUAUCUCCCCAUCAACUUAGAUUUUUUUACUAGAAAAAUGUUAUUUUUUACUAUAACUUUUUUAGUUUUAAAGGUAUCUACCUCAAACUUCAAAUACUUAUUCCUUAUAAUCAAUUAUAUUUUAUGUGACAAUGUUCAUAACUCUUGAAGUAAUUUUUACAGAUUUAUCUCUCUUUGAACUUAGGAUUUUCUUUAAGAAAUAUUAUAACUUUGUUACUUUUUAAGGUAUCUACUUCAAACUUCAAAUAUAUACUUCUUAUCAUUACAUACAUGUUGUGUGACAAGGUUCAUAACUCUAGCGUGACUAUUUCUGGAAUUAUUUCCCUUGAUCUUGGAAUUUAUUUUAACAAAUGUUAUUUUUUUACUAUAACUUAAUUAAUACAUAAUUAUACAUAAUUGAUUUUUCUUUCAUAGUUUUGUCCUCCUUACUGCGUCCAGUAUUUUAUUAGUCGAGCUUGGCUGUCUCCUGUGACAGCUCUUGUUUCCAAUCUUUGUUAAAUUCUCUUUUGACUGUGAUGUUAACUGCUGUACACAAUUAACAUACAUUUGUUAAAAAAAAAUAUUGAUUCUAUGAUAUACAUGUAUAUUUGCCAAAUGAAAAUAAAAAGCUUAUAUUUAAGCUCAA